AUGGCUGUGGAAAUUCAACCAUUGGAAGAUUUUCCGGAGACAAUUCUCGAAUUGCAGGAAGAAGGUGAAGAAGGGGUGAGUGAAAUUAUGACAUCAAAUCCAGAGCCGGAAAGCACGUGUCGGAUCAAACUUUUGCGGUCUGAAUUACCUCCGGAUAUGCAACCGGAAGGAAAUUCGGAGUUACGAUGUGCUGUCAACGUAAAGGAACGAGUGGAAAUAAAUGGUGAACGUCGAUUAGUGCAAAAUCGAAGAACGGCACAUCCUGAAUGGGAUAAAUGUUGGGAUACCGGUGUUGUACCGGGUCGAGUAUUACAGGUGAUACUGAUGAACGGUAAUGUACCAAUUGCGGAUGCCACUAUGCGUCAACAGGUUACCAUUGUUUUAUAA